AUGACGGGUGGUGGUACGCACGCCCCAGAAGCUUCGUUGGAUAAGCCGGCGCAUCCAUCCAGCCAGCCAACAGCGCAUCAGCAGCCCGCGGCGACCAAAGACAGCCUCCCCGCACACGCACCCCAAUCUCUCGGUGCCAUCGAAGCUGCUGCCCUUCCACCACCGAAGAUCAGCAACUUGAGGGGGCCCGACAUAGUCUUCCUCCCCCCAAUCUCACCUCACAUUUUCCUCCUCACCAAACAAGAACGACGACGCCCUGCGCGCGCCCUCACCUUUCCCCCCUCUCCAUUGUCGCCGUUGCUCGCCCUGCCAGACGUCCACGAUGAAGGUGAGCGGCCGCCCUUUGCGUUUGCCUUUGUGUUUGCGUUUGCCUCUGCGUUUGCCUUGCCGUUUGCCGCCUGCAGCCCCCGCGCCCGCGCCUCGAGUCACGUCCGCGCAUGUGCUAAUGCUGGUGGCCCAGUUCCGCAGGUCCAUGAAGGGGGAGAAGGACAGCCGGCCACACCACAUCUCCAUACCGCCCAAAGAUCUGAUUGCGAUACAGCCGCCGAAGAAGGUGCCGACAAGGAGGCGCGCGAUGACUCCGUCUGCGCCUGCUCGCUCCUCGACCUUCGCUCGUCGCUCGUCUCCCAUCGCCUCGUCGUCUGUCAUCGUCUGUCGUCGUCCGUCUGGCACGGGCAGCCGUUGCAAAUCACUGCUGGCUGCCCCUCCUGCCCCGGCAACCCACUUCCCGAGCGGGACUGCCUGAGCGUCGAGCUAACAACGCUGCCCGUGUUUGUGCAGGUCAUAAAAGCCCUCUACGACUACAAGGCCCCCGACGACAGCCCUGACUCCGGCUACCUCAGCUUCUCCCAGGGCGAUUUUCUGCACGUCGUCGGCCGCGAAAACGACAGCGACUGGUACGAGGCCUGCAAUCCCUUGCACGGCACCCGCGGCCUUGUCCCCGUCUCCUACUUUGAGGGCGUAGGCAAGACAGUGCGCGACAGCGGCGGCUCAGCACCUCCGCGCUCCUCGAGUCCACAACCCCCGCAGCCGCCUCAACCGUCGCAACAACACCAAUACCAACAGCAGCAGCCGCACGACUCGGGCUACCAAGAGCGCAUCGCCAGCCCCAACAACCCCGCCGGAGAAAUGACGUCGCCCUCAAUGCGCCUGUCGCGCUCCGGCAAGACAGGUGCCAUGGUCUACGGCAUAGUCAUGUACGACUUCAAGGCAGAGCGCCCUGAUGAGCUCGAGGCCAAGGAAGGCGAGGCCAUCAUUGUCAUUGCGCAGUCGAACCCAGAGUGGUUCGUUGCCAAACCAAUCACCCGCCUUGGCGGUCCUGGUCUCAUCCCCGUCUCCUUCAUCGAGAUUCGCGACAUGACCACUGGCCAGGCCGUCGGCAACACACAAGCAGCAGUCACUGCUGCGGGCGUGCCCAAGGUCGAGGAAUGGAAGAAGAUGGCGGCAGAUUACAAGAAUGGCAGCAUCCCACUCGGCAAGCUGGAAACAAACUCUGGUCAGUCUCUCCAGGCAGGCAUGGAGCGCAUGAGCAUCAAGAGUCAAAAUGGCGGGCAUGCCAAGGCUGCAUCGGUAUCCCACUCGCGCAACACCUCCCUGGCUCAAGCUCCCCCACGAGGCCAAUACCGCAAUUCCGGCAAUCUACUCGCGCCCGUCAAAGCCACGGUACCACGGUACUGCUUCGCCGACGACAUCUUUUGGUUCAUCAUUGAGUGCCAGAUGGAGGACGGCCGACACUGGGAAUUGCAGCGUCUGUAUCAGGACUUUUACGACCUACAAAUCCAACUCAUUGCAAACUAUCCCGUCGAAGCUGGCACAAGCGGCUCCAGCGAACGAACGCUUCCCUUCAUGCCUGGUCCAGUCACAUACGUCACAGACAACAUCUCGAAUGGGCGACGCGCCAACCUCGACGAAUACAUCAAGAACCUCCUCCGUCUGGGCCCGCACAUCACCAACGGCCCCCUUGUCAAGGGCUUCUUCGCCCCUCGCCAAGGCGACUAUGAAAUCGACCCCGACGUCAUAGCUGCUGAAGAAUACCGCAACAGCCAACAAUCGCACCCAUCCUCUGAAGGCUCACAGGGCACCAGUCGUCAGUCUUCGGCCGACCAGCUCCAGGCGACCACACCUGUGACCACCUACUCUACCGGCUCGACCUCUGCCUCGCAUCAACGCGGCCAGUCUACAGCCUCUCAAGCCUACAGCACCUCGUUGAAUCCUCCACCCAUGAACCACGCCCACAGCUCUGCAUCCACGGCCACUAGUGCGACCAACACGGGCACUUCCUCGGCACUCAAGAUCAAAGUAUGGUUUGAGGAAGACAAUUGCGUGGUGAUCCGGAUGCCCCUAUCCCUCAAGUUCGCAGACUUGUAUAAGAAACUAGUGGAAAGGCGCAAGAUGGAACGUCCCGGCGAAGAGGAAGAGGAGCUCACUGUCGAGUAUAGGGAUGAGCAGGAAGGAUACUUUUAUCCCAUUGCAGAUGAUGAGGAUCUGGCGAUUGCGGUAGAGAGGAAUCCAAAGCUGACGUUGAGUGUCACUACUCGGCGGGAUCAGUAA